AAAUAAGAUGGCUUAAACCGCUAAAGAAAUCUGGCUUAAACCCUUCAAUCGGCUUAAAGCCUCAAAUAGCUAGAGGCUACUCUAAGAGUCAGUAGUCAGAACCCCCAUUAUCUCCUCCUCAAUUCUCAAACCCUUUCUGGCUUUCCACUGAAACUCUCAAAACAAUUUCUCUCCUUUCACCUCUCUGAAGGAAGCUGACUCUCAAUCUCUGUUGUGUUAUUGGUUGCUCACCUUCUUCUCAGUUAUUCAUUUAUAAUACGAUUUUUAAAAACUAGAAAUUUGGACCAUUCCCAACAAAAGAAAGCCGCACGCACGAAAGAAAAGCCAGCCUAGCACUUUCGCCACCCCUUACUUCCGCAACUGUGCCUGUUCUAUUUGGCCAGUUCCGUUUUGGGGUUUCUCUGAUAAUUUCUAACAGACAAUCCAUUUCAACACAAAGCAACAGCAGUUUGAACUGCACAGUCCACCAUGGAAAAUAAGGCUGCUGGUACAAACGGCUCUCUUAUUCUGCUGAAGCAAGGCGCUGAAGCUAGAGUUUUUGAGUCAACCUUUUCGGGAAGGAGAUCAAUUGUCAAAGAACGCUUCUCAAAGAAAUACAGGCAUCCAUCUCUGGAUUCAAAGUUGACUCUCAAGCGCCUAAAUGCGGAGGCGAGGUGCAUGACAAAAGCACGACGACUUGGGGUUUAUACUCCAGUACUCUACUCUUUGGAUCCUUUGCUUCAUACACUAACUUUUGAGUAUGUAGAGGGUUCCUCUGUCAAAGAUAUAUUUCUUGAAUUUGGAUUGCAUGGUGUUUCGGAAGAACGAUUGGAAGAUAUAGCGAUGCAGAUUGGUGAUGCAAUUGGAAAACUGCAUGAUGGUGGUCUCAUCCAUGGUGAUUUGACCACAUCAAACAUGUUAAUCAGAGGUGGUACCAAUCAGUUGGUUCUUAUUGAUUUUGGUCUGAGCUUCACAUCAACCCUUCCAGAAGAUAAAGCUGUUGAUUUGUAUGUAUUGGAACGAGCUUUGCUCUCAAUGCAUUCUUCAUGUGGGAAUGUGAUGGAUAGGAUACUUGCUGCAUAUCGGAAGUCCUCAAAGCAGUGGUCAUCAACAUUCAACAAGUUAGCUCAAGUGAGACAACGAGGUCGGAAGCGAACCAUGGUUGGAUGAGAAUUUGCAGGAGCUAUCUAAUGCAGAAUUAGAUGUCUUCAAUGGUUGAUGAAUCCUACAAUAUAGCGAACAGCUUUCUGUUAUAUCUAUUAUGGUAUGAGCAUCAUGGAACCUAUUGAAAUUUUUAAACAGAUUGUAGAACCAGCUAUGGAUCACUGUAUGCAUACUCUUGUUCUGACAUUGAAUAGUUGACAUUAAUGCAGAGCAAAAGAAUUUUUCUUCU